AUGAGCCUGCCUCGGCCGGACGAGUUCAAGCCUCCUCCGGAGUGCCCGGUCUUCGAGCCCAGCUGGGAAGAAUUUCGAGACCCGUACGCCUUCAUCAAUAAGAUCCGUCCCAUCGCUGAAAAAACGGGCAUUUGUAAAGUGCGGCCGCCCCCGGGUUGGCAGCCUCCAUUUGCUUGCGAUAUCGACAAGCUUCACUUUGUUCCUCGGAUCCAAAGGCUCAAUGAACUGGAGGCACAAACCAGAGUCAAACUCAACUUCUUGGACCAGAUUGCGAAAUUUUGGGACUUGCAGGGAUGUAGCCUGAAGAUUCCUCAUGUGGAGAGGAAGAUUUUGGAUUUAUAUAAGCUAAAUAAGCUGGUAGCAGAGGAGGGCGGGUUUGACAUCGUCUGCCGGGACAGGCGAUGGACCAAGAUUGCGCUGCACAUGGGCUUCGCCCCUGGCAAAGCCGUGGGCUCACACCUGCGAGGGCAUUACGAGCGAAUCCUCUAUCCCUACAAUCUGUUUCAGAAUGGAGCAAACCUGCUGGCACCAGAUCCAGAUUCCAAACUGAUGCUUUUGGAGGCUGAUCCUGAACUUCAAGAGUGUGUUCAGAAGCCUGUCCAGCCGGUCGACAGUGGAGAGGAGGGCACAGACAUCAAGGAGCAGAAGCUGCAGGACCAGGCUCAGAGGACACCUGUCCAGAUACCUGAUGCUUGUCCAAGUGCUCGCAGAGCCAAGCGCAUGAAGUGUGAGGCUGUCUGUGUGAAGACUGAACCAGGUGAGCCCGGUGAUAGCAAGCCAAACCUGAGGCGGAGGAUGGGGUCUUUUGUUGUCAAGACAGAACCAGAGAAAGAGAUUCCAAUUCUGGUGAAACAGGAACCAGCUGAAACCAAGGAACUAAUAUUUGAAGCUGACAAAGUUCCCAAGUCACGGUAUAAGAAAGUCAUGCCUCCAGUUCCUCCGAGUCCAGUGGAUCUGGUUGUGUGUCUGGUGUGUGGCAGUGGGGGAGAUGAAGACCGCCUGUUGCUGUGUGACGGCUGUGACGACAGCUACCACACCUUCUGUUUGAUCCCUCCUCUGCACGACGUUCCCAGAGGAGACUGGAGGUGCCCCAAGUGUCUGGCUCAGGAAUGCAACAAGCCUCAUGAGGCGUUCGGGUUUGAACAGGCAUACAGAGACUACUCCCUGCGUGCAUUUGGCCAAAUGGCAGAUGCCUUUAAAUCUGAUUACUUCAACAUGCCAGUUCAUAUGGUGCCCACAGAGCUGGUAGAGAAAGAGUUUUGGCGUUUGGUUGGAGCCAUCGAUGAGGACGUUACUGUAGAGUAUGGAGCAGAUAUCGCCUCGAAGGAGUUUGGGAGUGGAUUCCCUAUUCCAAAUGGAAAAUUUAAGGUUUCUCCAGCAGAUGAGAAAUACCUCAAAUGUGGCUGGAACCUCAACAACCUGGCGAUGAUGAACCCAUCUGUACUGACUCAUGUAACAGCUGACAUCUGUGGGAUGACGCUGCCGUGGCUUUAUGUUGGCAUGUGCUUCUCCUCUUUCUGCUGGCACAUCGAGGAUCACUGGAGCUACUCCAUCAAUUACCUGCACUGGGGGGAACCCAAAACCUGGUAUGGUGCUCCUGGUUUUGCUGCCGAGCAGCUGGAGGACGUUAUGAAGAAACUGGCCCCAGAGCUUUUUGAGUCUCAACCUGACCUGCUCCACCAGCUGGUCACCAUCAUGAACCCCAACACCCUGAUGGACUACGGAGUCCCAAUUUACAGAACAAACCAGUGUGCUGGUGAGUUUGUCAUCACAUUUCCUAGAGCUUAUCACAGUGGCUUCAAUCAGGGCUUCAACUUCGCUGAGGCGGUCAACUUCUGCACAGUGGACUGGAUGCCUCUUGGCAGGCAGUGUGUCGACCACUACCGCAUGCUGCAUCGGUACAACGUGUUUUCGCAUGAUGAGAUGGUGUGCAACAUGGCCACAAAAGCAGAUACACUCAGCGUGGUUCUGGCCUCAGCCGUGCACAAGGACAUGGUCGCCAUGAUCCGAGAAGAGGAGGAGCUGAGAGAGAAAGUGAAGAAAAUGGGAGCAAUGCACCACCAGGAGGCAAAGUACGAUCACCUCCAGGAUGACGAGCGACAAUGUUUCAAGUGUAAGACCACCUGCUACCUGUCUGCCAUCACCUGUCCCUGUACCCCCGGAGUAUUGGUCUGUCUGUACCACAUCAACAACCUCUGCUCCUGCCCCAUCACCAACUACACAGUGAAUUACAGAUACACACUGGACGACCUGGUUUUGAUGAUGAAUUCUGUGAAGCAGCGAUCUGAGCUGUAUGAUGAAUGGGCCUCCCGUGUAACAGAGACUCUAGAGGCCAAACUUGAAAAAAAGAAAGGCCUGCCAGUCUUUCGCACCCUCCUUGCUGAGUCAGACUCCAAGCUGUUCCCUGACAACGACCUGCUGCGUCGGCUUCGUUUGGUCACACAAGAUGCUGAGAAGUGCGCGUCUGUGGCACAGCAGCUGUUGAAUGGCAAGAAGCAGACCAGGUAUCGGUGUGGAAGUGGGAAGUCACGGAGCCAGCUGACUGUGGAGGAGCUGAGUUCAUUUGUGCGGCAGCUGUAUAACCUCUCCUGCAGUCUCCCUCAGGCGCCCCUGUUAAAGGAACUCUUAAAUCGCAUUGAAGACUUCCAGCAGCACAGCGAGAAGGUCCUGGCAGAUGAACUUCCCAGUGUUGCUGAGAUCCAGAGCCUUUUGGACGUCAGCUUCGACUUCGACGUGGACCUGCCAGAGCUGCCCCGCCUGAGAGUGAGGCUGGAGCAAGCACGAUGGCUGGAGGGGGUGCAACAGGCCAGCGCUCAGCCUGCUACCCUGACUCUGGAGACCAUGAGGAGGCUCAUCGACCAGGGAGUCGGAUUAGCACCUCAUCCGUCAGUGGAGAAAGCCAUGGCACGACUUCAAGAGCAGCUCACUAUGUCUGAGCACUGGGAGGACAAGGCGAGCAGUCUUCUUAAAGCCAGACCACCACACUCCAUAGAGACCCUUAGUGCUGCUGCUGAGAAGGCAUCUAGCAUCCCUGCCUACCUCCCAAACUGCCUUCUCCUGAAAGACACCAUCAGAAAAGCCCAAGAGUGGCUGCAAGAAGCUGAGGAGCUUCAGGUCAGCGCCUGCAUCCCGAUGGUGGACACCCUCUCUGACAUGGUGCUACGAGGACAAGCCAUUCAAGUCCACCUGGAGCCUUUAGACAGGCUGGAGUCUCUCAUGGCACAAGUGCAGGAAUGGAAAGAAUCAGCAGCAGCAACUUUCCUUCAGAAAGACUCAAGCCUCACCUUACUGGAGGUUCUUUGUCCCCGAUGUGAAGUUGGAAAUGUCGGUUCUCCAAAGAGGAAGGCAAAGAAAGGAAAGGAAUCACCUAAAAGUAACAAAAAGAAAACUUCGAGGUUCAAUACUCUCAGCGAUGUGGAAAAAGCGCUUUCAGAGACCACGGAUUCUACCUCUGCAAUGGCAACUCUUGAGGAGCUGUGGGUGAGGGAGAUGGAGGCUUUCUCUAAUCUCAGGGCAGCAAAUGAGUCAAAACUCCUUCCCACGGCAGACUGCAUGGACCUAAGGGUGUGUUUCUGUCAGAGGGCGCCCAUGGGUGCGAUGCUACAGUGCGAACUCUGCAGGGAUGCCUUCCACAGCGUGUGCGUCAGAGACCCAUCAGAUCCCUGCAAAACACAGCCAUGGCUUUGUCCGCAGUGCCAGCGGUCAGAAAAGCCCCCCUUGAGCAAAGUCCUCUCUCUGCUGGCAUCACUGCGGCACGUCGGGGUGCGCCUCCCGGAGGGUGAUGCACUGCACUAUCUGAUCGAGAGGACAGUAAACUGGCAGCAGCGGGCGCAGGAGGUUUCACAGGCAUGUAACCUACCAGAACUCGAAGAGAGGCCAGGAACUCCUCCCACUCUCACCCGCUGGGUUUCAGGCAGUGACAACCCUCAGAGCAACACUCAGGCUCCUUGUUUGACUCCAGAGUGGAAUAGGACAAGCCAUGCUCAGACCGUCUUCUACACCGAGCAGAGAUGCAUACCGCUGCACGGUUUGAGUCGGGACCUGGAAGAGCUGAUGGUGGAGGGGCUCCUUCUGCAGGUGUCUUUGCCAGAGGUGCAGAGCCUCUACCUUGUCUUAUUGGACAGAGCCAGCAGCCAGCAAACAAACCCAUGCAUGUCACCACCACAGGAGGAGCCCACAGACUGUGAGAAACACAUGCAGUUUAACUCUCAGGGAACAAAUCUGCCACUGAACCAGGAUGGUGCCAAAGGUGCAAGCAGCUCAGAAAAGAAGGUGAAGCGGCAUCUGGAGAGAGACAGCUCAGAUGGAGAGCGCAGAGCGAAGGACAAAAAGCACUGUCACAAGAGACAAAAGAUGAAUAAAAAGAAUCCGCAGCGCAGGCAAACCUCGACCUCGUCCUCCCCGCGCUCCAACUUCUCCCAGUCUGACGACUCUGAUGAGGAAAUGGCUGUGUGUCCAGCAGAGAGGUGUCAGCUGCCAGAGGGAGAUGAGGUGAAUUGGGUCCAGUGUGACGGCAGCUGCAAUCAGUGGUUCCACCAAGUGUGCGUCGGCGUUACGGCAGAAAUGGCCGAGAAGGAAGACUACAUUUGCGUCACGUGUACACUGAACGACGGGCGCGUAAGAAAGUAAAGAUGUCAUUCUGAAGGGAGGCGUGUCUUCAGUCUGGAGGGUCACUGACCCCGUACCCCUCUUCACCCCCUCGUCCCGUCUGUCCAACCCUUUUGUAACAACGGUGCUAUCUCCUCUUUGACAUGUUGUCCAGAACUAUAAUGUUUAGUUAUUUUUUUGUAUUUUUACAUAUAUAUAUUAUAUAUAUUUCCUCCUUCUUAUGAAUUGUUUGUGGUUGUCUAAAUGAAAAAAAGAAAAACACAGGAUGUGAAGUGUGCUGCAUGGCAUCCCGUUACAUCGGCGCAAAGGAGUCUUACACCAUGAACCCCCCUCCCCCCCGGUAAAGAGAAUUAAUCAAGGGUUAAUAUUAUCUUCUUUAAAACUUUCUUGCAUGUUAAACCAGAGCUAAGGGGACAGAAGUCGAGGUUUUCACCCCCCAAAAAAUGACUUUUUUUUUCUUUGAAAUCCAGUGUUUAGUACAUGCAUCUUAAUAUAAUUAUUCCCAUUUUUUGUUUUGUAGAAUAGUUUUAUUUAUCUGAGCAAUAAUUUUUGUCUGAAUCGACUUAAAUGGCUUUGAUCUCGGCUGAGUUGUGUUUUAGCGAUGAUGGUGUGAUGUACAGAAAGCUACUGGGUUACGUGUCUGGGUUACGGAGAAACACUGCGGCACGCCAAAGGAAAAAGAGGCUGCUGGCUGGGCAGAUCCUCGCCUUGUAACCCGUCACGGGAAACAGCAGGAAGGACCUGGAGUAGCUGAAGAUGUUACAAGUUUAUAUUGUGGAAUAAAGCCCUUUUGUUCUAUGGA